CUGUCCAGGGGGAACGGGGAAGGGCGUUGCAUUUCUGACUGGUGGUUUAAGGCUGAUACUACUGCCUGGAUCAACCAAGCCUGUGUGCUAGGUGAGCCUAAAAACCCAGAACUCGUAGUUCAUAGCUGCCUGAGACCCGGGGAAGGACAAGUACAGACAGGGCCAGCCGUGGCACGGUAACUGUCCUGCUGAAAGCUUGCUGCUGGCCCACAGCUUCGCGUUGCUUGGGUGUGGUGAUCCCACACUCCUGGGAGAAACUCAUCGGGAUGAAAGACUUGUCCUGGCAGCCUCCAGAGGAAUUCUGCAGGAGGCGUUUCCCUGCGGUCGGGCGUAGCGGGUGCUUCCUUCCACAGCUCUCUGAACAUGCUCUGCCCCGUUUUCCUGACGCAGGCACUCUUCUUGGGGGGAGGGGGGAUGGGGAAGCCUUCGUCCUAGUGACCCAGUCCUGGAGGGUUAGGUGGGGAUUGGUGAACACUCUGCUGGCAGGCUCCCCUUGACCUUCCUUAAGGCUCUCGCUGAGUCGGGUGGGAUGCAGGGAGUGAUUUCCCCUUCUCUUGGAGGCAGACCUGGGGUUUGGGUUGUGCUGGAGGCACAAGGGCCGGCGCCGGGACUCGAACCCGCGACCCACACCCCCUGCUUCAGCGAUUCAGCUCCGGGGUCGAGUCCCGGCGUUGGCGGAGCUGCGCGUCCCUCCGGCCACCAGGAGGCGCUGUGGUGGCAGCGGCCUUUCCUACCCCGGAACGCGGCGCUCGGGGGCCGCGGGGACCCGGACCCAGCGCCCGGAGCACCGGCGGCGAAGGAGAUGAGCCAACAUGUCUGAGGGCAGCAAGGGGAGCUCGCUGGCCUUUGGCCAGGUGGUAAUCGGGCCUCCGGGCUCUGGGAAGACAACCUACUGCCAUGGCAUGCAGGAGUUCAUGGGCAGGCUUGGGCGCAAGGUGACGGUGGUGAACCUGGACCCUGCCAACGAGACCAUGCCCUACCAGUGCUCCGUGGACAUCGCCGAGCUCAUCACCCUGCCCGACGUGAUGGACAGCCUGAAGCUGGGGCCCAACGGGGGGUUGAUCUACUGCAUGGAGUACCUGGAGGCCAACUUCGACUGGCUGCAGGAGAAGCUGGCUGCGUUCAGGGGUCACUACUACUUGUUUGACUGCCCGGGGCAGGUGGAGCUCUACACCCACCAUGAUGCCCUGAAGAACAUCUUUGCACAGUUGGUCAAGUGGAAUUUCAGGCUGGCUGCAGUGCACUUGGUGGAUUCUCACUACUGCACAGACCCUGGCAAGUUCAUCUCUGUUCUCUGCACCUCACUCUCCACCAUGCUGCACGUGGAACUGCCCCAUGUCAACGUCCUCUCCAAGAUGGACCUCAUUGAGCAAUAUGGCAAACUGGCUUUCAACCUGGAUUAUUACACAGAGGUCCUGGACCUCUCUUACUUGGUUGACCAUUUAGCUUCUGACCCCUUCUUCAGAAACUACCGCCGCCUCAAUGAGAAGCUGGUGGAGGUGAUUGAGGACUACAGCCUGGUGUCCUUCGUUCCGCUCAAUGUCCAGGACAAGCAGAGCAUGCGGCAGGUGAUGCAGGCAGUGGACAAAGCCAAUGGCUAUUCCUUCGGAGACCAGGAGCACAGGAGCCUUGAAGCUCUGAUGUCUGCAGCAGUGGGAGCUGAUUUCCACUUCACUUCCACACUUGCAGUGCAGGAGAGGUAUGUGCAAUCUCAGGACAAAGCUGUGGAAGAAGAAGUGAUGGAUCUGUAACACACCCACCCCUUCCCUGGCAGCUCCCUGUUUUGACACCUCUCCUUUUCCUACCAGGAGCUUAAGGGAUCUCUGGGCUGUGUGACUCAGAUGAAGUGAAAGCUUUUCCAGGCAGAGGUCUGGCUGCUGGACUCCCUCUCUGGAAGGGUUUGACCUCUUGUGCUUCAGCCCCACUGCACAGAGCAGUGUUUUUGCAGGAGGGUGAUAGCCAAGUGAAUGGAAAGCCAAGUCUUUCCUUAGGAACCAGAGAGAUUUAGCCAGGCGAAGGCAUGGAUAGCAAGAGAAGAGAAGCAAGAUAAGGAGACUGUCGUCUGCUAUGUCUUCUCCUACCCAUCGUGACCAAGAUAGAGCCAGAGAAAGUAAAAUCAGUUUGAGGUGUCUCUUCCGCAGUGAGACUUGAGACAGAAGUUUGGGGUUUGCUGCACAGGAGGAACAUGUACAGGCCUCGUGCUCAGAGUAACCAGGCUGAGAAGCCUCCAACCUGUCCCAAGGAGGACAGAGAGAUGGUUGUUUUUCUUUUUUUUAAGUAAUGAUGGACUCUUUCUUAAUAAAACACUCCUUCAUCUCGCUUUCA